AUGAAUAUAAAUACAGUACUGGAUCUUGCGUGUGCUGAUGAUCAGAUUAUAAAAAAGUAUUUUUCAAUUGUACUGCAGCGCACUGUGUUGGAGCUUCGUGGUAUUUCUUGUUUAGAAUUAGAAAGCGUGCCACCACCGAAACAACAAAUUAUAUCAAGCCGAUCAUUCCCCAAGCAUGUUACAUCCAGAGAUGAACUCAAUGACGCAUUGUUGUAUCACUUGCAGGAUGCUUUCAAAAGGCUGAGAGAUGAUAAAUCCUUAUGCGGCUGUAUCACUACAUUUGCUAAUUCAAAUUAUUUUGAUAAAAACACCUCAUAUUACAGCAAAUCAAGCUCAUACGUAUUCCCCACUCCAACUGACAACCUUUUAGAGUUAAGCAAAGCUGCUGCAAGACUUACAGAUAGCAUCUAUCAAUCAGGCGUGAACUUUAAAAAAUGUGGUGUUGGCUUAACAUUUUUGGAGUCUAAGACAACGCAUAAUUAUGAUUUGCUAACCGAUCCAGAAGACAUUAAAAGAAAUGAAAGUUUAAUGUCAUCUAUUGAGGAAGUUCACAGUAAAUUCGGGAAAAAAACGCUUGCUUUAGGCGCAAGUCAGAUGAAUCAAGUAAGUCAGGAUGAAUUACAGAGCAUUGCCCUGCUUAAGUCGCAAUUAUCAUCACAAGAAAGUAAAGAUGCUUUUGAUCAAAAAGCCCGGUUGUUGCUCAAGGAUCGAAUACUUACUGCGGAAGAAAAGAACGAACUGGCUUUAUAUUCGGAUAAACUAGUUGCUCAAGAGCGUAUCGAAUCAGAAGUGCUUAGUAGUAUUCCAACUCCUAAAGCCUUUUUAUCAGAUAAGACCUCUGAAUAA